AGCAAACCUCCUCGAGGCAAUAGCCUCUCGACCAGCCCUGGCCGCCGAACCAGCUCUGGCCCUCAAUCAGCUCCGUUCGCCGUCCAAAGUCCCAAAUGGAGGCUGAUGGAGGUGAUCCCACCCAACCCACCCAGAAUGUUCUGGACCCCCGACGCAUCGGCCAGCAGAACUCGGGCUUCUCCGACGAAGACAUAUCCGACAUCCUUUGCCUCCUCUAUCCGUACUCCCCCUUUGCCCGGCAGGAGGUCCACCGCAUAGCCCAGGACGAUAAGAGUCAUAUUGUUGGAACCGACGAGGCGGCCGCUAUCGAGCCCAAUUACGAAGAGGAGGACCAGGCGGACAGGUUUCGGGUCGCCCCGGCCAACACUGGCGAGUAUGCUGUCAUCCUGCGCCUCUCUGCCGACGUCAAGGACCCUCUCCUGGGCUUCCAGUUCGGCAGAAAUCAUGGUCGUUGCGACUUUUGCUUCCGUAACGAUCCCAUGAAGCGCCUGAGCAACGUCCACUUCCGCAUCUACGUCAACGAGUAUGGCGUCGUCAUGCUGGAGGAUCAGUCCACCAACGGUACCAUUGUCGAUAGCCAUCUUUUGCGCGGGAAGAACCCCAACGACAAGGCCGACGUCCGUCGAACACUGACUCACGGGUCACGGAUCAAGAUCUUGAUGCACGCCGAGGCCCGCGAUCUUGAAUUCCUCGUCCGCAUACCGAAGAGGGAGGGAUCCUAUGACCGCGCCUAUAUUCACAACCUGGAGGACUACUUUGACCGGUUGAAGGAGCUAAGGGAAGAGAGGGCAAAUAGGACCCUUGUCCCCGGCACCGGUGGACAUCCUGACCUCUUCGCCGCUCCCAAGACCCGCGCCCCUGCACGGCCGAGGAUCCCGCUACCUUCGGGAACUACCCACGAGAACGUCGACCGAUUUCCCAAGGAGUGGAGAGGUUCGGAUAGGUACAACAGAGUCGGCCAAAUCGGAAAGGGCGCCUUUGCCGUUGUCCAUAAAGUCACUUCUAAGUUUGACGGCAACCCAUAUGCGGCCAAGGAGCUCGAGAAGCGCCGUUUCAUGAAGGACGGUGUCCUCGAUCAGAAGGUCGAGAAUGAGAUGAAGAUCAUGCAGCGAGUGAAUCAUCCCAACGUCGUUCGUUACAUAGAGCAUUUCGACUGGGAGAACCGACUCCUGAUUAUCAUCAUGGAAUAUGUGCCCGGCGGGGACUUGGGUAAACUCGUCGUAGAUCGAGGCCCUCUGCCCGAGCCUCUGGUUCAGCAAAUGACGUCUCAGCUGCUCAGCGCCAUUGGCUACCUCCACGAGAAUAAUAUCACUCAUCGCGAUGUGAAGCCGGACAACAUCCUCAUCCAGUCGGUGAACCCUUUCGAAGUCAAGCUCACCGACUUCGGUUUGUCGAAAAUAGUGGAUAACGAGAGCACCUUCCUCCAGACGUUCUGCGGCACCCUCCUCUAUUGCGCCCCCGAGGUCUACUCGGAAUAUACCGAAUAUGACGACCAUGGAUUCAGGCAGCCUCGCAACCGACAACGGCGUCCGCCUCAGGGUCAGAGAUAUGAUCACGCCGUCGACAUAUGGUCCUUGGGCGGCGUCCUCUUCUACUCACUCACGACCAGGCCUCCGUAUCCCGUGAAGAACGGUAUCAGCUACUCGGAAUUGCUACACCAGAUCAUGACUACGCAACUCAACACGGUCCCGUUGAUCCAGAAGAACGUGUCUCACGAGGCUGUGCACUUCCUCUGCUCCAUGCUCCAGAGACGGCCGGAGGAGCGGGCUACGAUCAGUGAUCUUCAGCACCAUCCUUGGCAGGGUGGCGGUCCACGGCCCGAUGACGAGCGGUCCCUCGACGAGGUCACUGACGAUGAGUUAGAAGUCGGCGCCUCGCAGCUCAGUCUACAAGAAGGCCAGGGGCGUCAUUUCGUCGAUCCAUCUCCGGCCAGGGAGGUAUUGGACGAGGUCCUGGACGACUUGCUCGAGGAAUUUUCGGACAAGGAAAACAGCGGACAGCACGACACAUUCGGCCGUCCUGGUAAAGGUCCUCGUUUAUUCGGAGAGCUCAACGUAUCUGCCAUGGGAAGCUCGGGAGUUAUCCCCGCAGAUCGCCUUAACCUUCCAUUGUCGGGUCCACGCCGUAGGGCGGAGGACAGCAUGGAAACAGAAAUACAAGAUAGCGUUGGCUCGGGUGAUUCCUCCGCGCGGGGCAAUGGCUCUGCCGGGGGCGUGCAGCUGUCCAUGUCCGCCGCGCAUGGUCAGUCCAUGGAUCAGCUGCAAAGCCUCGUGGAGAACGUCCGGUCGCAAAGUCUGGGGGCGGCCGAAUCCGCCGUCCAGGAUGAUCUCCGCGUGAAGUCGCCCACCGCCUCCCAAUCUGUCCUCAACGGAAGCUACUACACGGCAAGUAAGCGCAAACCCGGGUAUGAUACCAGCGACGAGUUCGAAGAGCGGCGGCAAAAGGAGAAGCCCGUGUUCAAACGCCUGCGAUCGGAAGGGAACAUGGAAACGCUGGCGGACCAGGCACUCGAAGAGUGCAUCCUGCUCGCGUCGAUGCCACUGGUCAAGCGGCUAGAAUCCGGGCGGCUGAUCGACGGGCCCCAGGACAAAACGUUCUUCUGGGUGGGACGCGAACUGGCGACCUGGCAUCUGGAAUACCCGGAGAUGACGGAGCUUCAGCGUCAGGUCUUCGAGCAGGCGGCGGAGGCUCGGAAAGAGUCGUUCACCCCGGGGAAAUCGCCCUUAUGGGAUCUGGCCAUGAAGUAUUUCCCGCCCACGCCACUCUCACAACAGAUGGAGGACACGGAACCACCCUCCGGUCCUGCGACGGCAGGGGUCAUGCCACGUGCCGCGCUCCAUCGGGAGACGAGAAACCUCGCAGACCUCGUAGACAGUAGUAUGGUCCUGCCACCCACGGCUCCGGUGCCCCAGGCGGAAGAGGAGGAGGACUCCUUGCCUGAUACGUUGCCACCGACUCAACGUAUCGUCCCCAUCCUUGCGGAGGAAGGGGCGCACCGUGCCUUGGCCGUUUUGGAGUCUGCACCCGACUCUGUUAUACCCGGUAUAGCUGUACCGAUCACGGAUGCGUUAAUGUCCUGGGGGAGAUCGCCGGAGAACACGGCCAUCUACACCCCGAGAUCCGAGACGAAAGUACCCAAGUUCGCGAUCAAGGUCCUUCUUUGGAAGGACGGCUACGACCCUUCCAGGAGAUCGUCGAGCAAGACCGUACAGCCCUGGGAACAAGAGGGAGACUCGACUGGAUAUUCGUUUUACGUCUCCACCAAAGCCACGAUGGGCAUCCACGUCAACGGCUUUCACCUUCGCUCGUCCAAACCGCCGACGUCCUCGCCUGAAUGGGUACAGCUGCACAACGGGGACGAGAUCGUGGUGUGGGGAGGCAUGGGCGACCCGCAGAAGACGAAGCUGAUCUUCCGGUGCUUCUGGGGCGGUUCGGCGCAAGCCCGCCCGGCUUGUCGCGCGUCGCCGCCGCGGCCCGUCUCUUCGUCGGUGGCGCGCAGGAUCGAGGAGGCCUUCGUCAAGACGGAGAAGCGCAUGCGGGCGGAGGCCGAGCGGAACCGGAAGAUGGAGGAGGCGCAGCGCGACCUCAUCCGGCGACAGGCCCGGGUGCACUACGAGCGCGAACGGACCCGCGUGUUCGAGGAGAGGAUUCUGGAUGCGCGGGAGCACCUUGCGGCGGUGAAGGCGACGAUGACGGCGACGACUACGAUGACGGCGGCUUCCCGGCGUGGGUCGCCGGCGAGUGCCCCUCCGACGGGGACGACGACGACGACGCGACUGAACCUUGGGACUUAGAUGGUCCCCUUAAUGGCGUGCCCUUUGGGUAAAGUCUUUGGGUCAUCCGGAACAUAAUUAGAACAGCUUGGCUUGGCCAGAACAAAUAAAAUACAACAACAGCAUCUCAUGUUCAAUAUUCAUUCUGCACGACAGCGUCUCAGA